CUUUUCCAUUCCAUUCUUCCUCGUUUUCUCUCUCUGUCGAACACCUUACACCUCACCGGCGAAAUCUCUGCUCCUUUUUUAUUUUCUCUCUCCUCUCGUUUUUCAUAUGAAUCGACUCGACUGAGCCGGGCCCCACACACACACCCCGCUUACUUCUCCACUGCCCUAAACCAUGGGCCACCACAAGAAACGCACCACCACUACCACCACCACAGGGAAACCCUCGUCACCACCACCACCACUGCCUCCGUCGACGCCUCCACUCAAGGAAAUUGAUUCUCCGGCGACUGAGUUAGCGAACACUUCCGCGAUCAAGCUUGAGUGUGAGAAAGCCCUAAAUGCUCUCCGUAGAGGUAACCACAACAAAGCGCUGCGUUUGAUGAAGGAAUCGAGUCAUAAGUUUGAUAGCUCUGCGCUUUUCCACCGUGUUCAUGGGACUGUUGCUAUGAAGGUCGCCGGGAUUAUUGACGAUCCGAAUACGAAGCAGAGGCAUUUCCGAAACGCGGUUGAAUCGGCUAGGAAGGCGGCGGCGUUGUCGCCGAAUUCGAUUGAGUUUGCUCAUUUUUAUGCGAAUUUGAUAUUUGACAAUGCCAGCGAUGGGAAGGAUUAUGAGGAGGUUGUUAAUGAGUGUGAGAGGGCGUUGGCGAUUGAGAACCCUAUUGAUCCUAUCAAGGAUAAUUUGAGUAAUAAUCAGCAGGCGGAGGAUAAGUUGUUGGCCAAUUUGACUCCCGAGGUGAGGAUUGCACAGGUGCAAGGGGAGCUCAGGGGACUGAUCCAGAAGUCGAAUAUUGCUUCGAUUUCGACAUGGAUGAAGCAUUUGGGAGGGCCGCCUGGGCAGGAGAGUUUUAGGUUGAUUCCGCUAAGGAGGUUGGCGGAGGAUCCUUUGGAUUCAAGGUACUUCUCGACGAGUAAUUCAAAUGCUAGAAGGCCGAAUGAGAUUAAGAAGGCUACCAAGACGCCCGAGGAGAGGAGGAAGGAAAUUGAAGUUAGGGUUGCUGCUGCUAGGUUGUUGCAACAGAAGUCUGAGCAGGGUCAGGAUGCUGAAGAGGGGACAAAUGGCGGUGGUUCGCAAUCCAGUAGUUUGGUGUCUGGGAAUGGUGUGAGUAAGGUUGCUGAUAGGAGAAGACAUGGGACCGCUAAAAGGAAUUCUACCUUUUCCGAGCGGAAAGAUCAGGUGAGGUCAUUUUGGAACUCAAUGAGUUCCGAAGCGAAGAGGGGGUCGUUGAGUGUUAGGGUUAGUGAUCUUAGGGCACAUUUUAGUAAUUUUUCUAAUAAGGAUGGAGGUCAAGCGUGUGAGGUUUUGUCGGAGGCUCUUGAGUUUGGUGAAAUUAAUAAGACAUGGAAGUUUUGGGCAUGCUGUCGUUGUGGGGAAAAGUUUUCGCGGGCUGAUGCUCACAUGCAGCAUUUAGUUCAGGAGCAUUUGGGGAACCAAUUGCCAAGAGUGCAAUCUGCUGUGCCGCGGAAUGUUGAUAAUGAGUGGGCAGAUAUGCUUUUUAGUUGUUCUUGGAAACCCCUGGAUUUGACUGCCUCAGUUCGGAUGCUUGAAGAUCAGUCAAAAUCUGAAGACUUCGAGUUUUCUGGCAGGGAAAACGGUAAGGAGCGAAUUGAUGACUGCUGGAGCGACCAUUUUGGCUCUGAUGAAGUGUGGGAGUCAUUCCCAGAGAAGAAGAGCCUGGCUGAUGGCUGCAAUGGCGGUUUUUGGGAGAGUAAAGAGUACGAUGAGGAUUCAAACAUCGAAUGCAAAACAUGUGAUAUUAAAGAAGGUUCCAAGGUGUAUAAUCUUCCAAAUAGCUGGCCUUUAUCUGAUGAUAUUGAGCGAGCGAAGUUGCUUGAGAGGAUCAGCUUGUUAUUCCAAGUGCUGAUCAGGCAUAGAUGUCUUGCUGUGACUCAUCUCCAUAAAGUGAUACACUCUACCAUGGAGGAGUUACAUACUCUUUAUCCUGGCUCACAGAUUCUAAGCUCUGGUGUGGAUAAUACCCCUCUGUGCAUGCGCUUUUUGGGAGCUGAACCGCUGAAGAAGAUAAUUAAGUUUUUGCAGGAUGUGUCUUAUGCUUGUGGUAUAGGUAGAUACCCCGAAAAAGUCGCUCCAGAUGAUUCCAGUAACUGCUCCCAAGUUUCUGAUUGCGAGGAAAGAAUCAUGCUCGAUGAUGAUGCAUCGUCCCUCUUAUUGGAUGAGAGCUUACUGAAUUUUGAUGCCACAAAAAAUGCUGUGGGUUUAGGAUAUUCUAUUGGUGUCUCUGAGAAGGAUGUUCAAUCUGGUUCUGAUUCUUUUUUGUCCUGGAUAUAUGCUGGCUCUUCUAGUGGGGAACAGCUAGCAACAUGGUGCAGACUUAGAGAAGAAAGAUCACAGCAAGGUAUGGAAUUGCUGCAGAUGCUGGAGAAGGAAUUUGGCCAUCUUCAGAGCUUAUGCGAUAGGAAAUAUGAGAAUCUGGGCUAUGAAGAAGCUCUGCAAGGAUUGGAGGAGCUUUGUGUGGAAGAAAGCAAAAAGAGGGAGCACAUUACUGAAUUUUCUUAUCGUAGCUAUGAUUCACUCCUCAGGAAGCGCAGAGAUGAGCUUGUUGAAGGUGAAAACGAAGUUAUGUUUGUCAGCAACAGGAUGGAGCUGGAUGUCAUCUCGAAUGUCUUGAAGGAUGCGGAAACUCUCAGUGCUAAUCAAUUUGGAUACGAAGACACCUACGGUGGGGUAACUUCACAUUUGUAUGACUUGGAAGCUGGUGAAGAUGACUGGAGAUCAAAGGACUAUCUUCAUCAGGUGGACACAUGCAUUGAGAUUAUUCUUCAUAGACAAAAGGAACAUAUGUCUUUGGAGCUGUCUAAAAUUGAUGCAAGAAUACUGCGGAAUGUGGCCAGCAUGCAUCAACUGGAGCUUAAGCUUGAACCUGUUUCUUCCUUUGAUUACCGUUCUGUAUUAUUGCCUCUUGUGAAGUCAUUCAUGCGGGCACACUUGGAAGAUCUCGCAGAGAAAGAUGCCACAGAGAAAUCCGAUGCAGCAAGAGAAGCAUUCUUGGCAGAACUGGCUCUUGAUUCUAAGAACGGCAGCGGAGGUGGAAAUGACAACCCAAAACAAAUACAAGAAAAGAUGAAGGACAAGAAAAAAAAUAAAGAUUCCAGGAGAAGCAAGGAUUUAAAAGUUGGCAGCUUUAACGAGCAGCUUGAGCCUUCUGAACAAUUCUCUCUUGGAGUUUCAUCCGACGGUGAUAAUGUGGAAACUGACCUAAAAAGGGACGAUGGCCUUAAAGAACAGGAGGAAGAAUUUCGAAGAAAGAUUGAGCUUGAGGCAGAAGAGAGAAAACUUGAAGAAACUUUGGAGUAUCAGAGACGACUAGAGAAUGAGGCAAAACAGAAGCUUCUUGCGGAGCAGCAUAGAAGAAAUGCUGUUGCAGCCUCUCAAAAUGUUGAGCUGUACAUAGGCGAUGUUCCUUUGGAUCCUAGCUCCAUAGUAGCUAUACCCUUUAAGCAAGACCAACUGGUGUCGAAGAACGUUGUCGAAAAAAAUAUAGAUAGUCUGGAGAGGAAUCUGAGGGAUGGCAGUGAUAGCGCUGGUAUUGCUAAUGAUGAGUGUGAUAGAAGUGCUAGAAGUCGUCUUAAACAAGGAUCAUCUGAUGGAGAAAUUCCAAAUGGAGUUUCGCCUUCUGAACGUCGUGUUGGAAGGAAAGGGAAGCGCAGGAGCUCCACAAAACUAACAGAAGGAAGGUAUCAAGCUGAUUCCUAUGGAAAGGAGAAUGUUAAAGUUGAGAAUUCAACUGCUGAUGUAAAGCAAAAAGAUCAAGUCUGGAAUCAGGAUGAUGGUCUCAGUCGCAGUGUUGGAGAUGGUGGGACAAAGACACUUCGACAAUUACAAGCUGAAGAAGACGAGGAGGAAAGGUUUCAAGCAGACUUGAAGAAAGCUGUACGACAAAGCUUAGAUACAUUUCAAUCCCGUAAGAACCUGCCUUUGGUUCCAAAUUCUAGGGUGGUACAACAAAUGCAGAAUGGGGAUUUCUUGGGAACAGAAACGGGUGAAUUGAUUAGCGUAAACGUGAAUGAAAUGGAUUCUGUAGGUGCAGGACUGCAGAAUGAAAUUGGUGAAUACAAUUGUUUCUUAAACGUGAUCAUUCAGUCCCUGUGGCAUCUUAAGCGAUUUCGAGAUGAGUUUUUGAGAAGAUCACCGGCUGAGCAUAUUCAUGUGGGAGAUCCUUGUGUUGUUUGUGCAUUGUUUGAUAUUUUAACAGCCUUAAGUGUUGCAUCUGACGGUACAAAAAGCGAACCAGUGGCCGCUACUACUUUGAGGAUUGCCCUGAGUAAUCUAUAUCCAGAAAGUAAUUUCUUUCAGGAGGGCGAAAUGAAUGAUGCUUCCGAAGUGUUGGCAGUAAUAUUUGAAUGCCUGCAUCGAUCAUUUAUUUCUGGUCCAGGCAGUUCUGAUAGUGAAUCAGUAGAAAGCAACUGCUUGGGGUCUUGGGAUUGUUCCAGCCCUUCUUGUAUAGCACAUACUCUAUUUGGAAUGGACAUCUUCGAACGAAUGAAUUGCUAUAAUUGUGGUUUGGAGUCCAGGCAUCUGAAGUACACUUCUUUCUUUCAUAAUAUUAAUGCCAGUGCCCUGCGAACAAUGAAGGUAAUGUAUGCAGAAAAUUCAUUCGAUGAGCUGUUAAACUUUGUUGAGAUGAACCAUCAAUUAGCUUGUGACUUAGAAGGUGGUGGGUGUGGGAAGUUUAAUCAUAUUCAUCACAUUCUCUCGAAUCCUCCUCAUAUCUUUACUACAGUUCUUGGUUGGCAAAAUACAUGCGAGAGUGUUGAUGACAUAACAGCGACCUUGGCAGCCUUGUCUACUGAGAUAGACAUCAAUGUUCUUUACCGUGGUCUAGAUCCCAAGCAUGUGCAUCGUCUGGUGUCUGUGGUUUGCUACUAUGGUCAACAUUAUCAUUGCUUUGCUUAUAAUCAUGACCAUGAGAGAUGGAUUAUGUAUGAUGACAAGACAGUGAAGGUUAUCGGCACCUGGGAGGAGGUCCUUUCCAUGUGUGAAAGAGGGCAUUUACAACCUCAAGUUCUCUUUUAUGAAGCGACAAACUGAAUGAUUUCAGGGCUGGUCAUUGUAGUUGAAGAAUGAGAGGUUUACGCCUAAAUAAUGGCUUGCUGAGAGCGUUUUGAAUCCGUAAGUCACUAAUAUCUUUCAGAAAGUUGGAAAAGUUGGAUGAUUGAAAUCCUAAUUUCUGCUAGAAAGAGGAUUAGAAAGAUAAAAGUUUUGCUAAGAGUAUCUGAUACAACACCUAUUCUUAGAACGGAGCCGAAACAAUACUGACAUGAUAUUGGUAGAUGCUUUAACCUACUGCUGUGCAGUGUUAUUGGUAAAUGGAGGAGCAUCAGCCAUCGUCGGCCCCUACAAUGUAAAUUGUUGAUGAGAGGUUCAAAGUAUACAAGCGUACUUGCCUUAUAUAGUGGUUCUGAGGGAAGUUGGAGAAUACCAAACUGGCUGCAAUUAUCAUUAUGGUUUAUAGCAAAGAUGAUUUACCGCCUGCUAUUCGGAAACAACAAAUAUAUACGAAGUAUUUAACUUACGGUUGAUUCGUCUGCUCGCGUUCACCGGCUAAAAAGAGUGAGCAUGCCCUUGGACAAAGAGAAGAAAAUGUGGGGAAUUUUUUGUAUAGAUACUGGUAUCCCAUGGAACUUGUUGCAGGCCAGAAUAACUAUUUUAUAUGAGAAUUUUGAUGAUGAAGAAAUUAGCAGAUUGAUUGUAGUAUCCGUAAUAUAGGAAACUGAUUUUCGCACACCAGCUUGUGAGUAGAGUACGGAAGACCGUCUCACAGUGGGUGUGCCAAAAAUAUUUCCAUACUACACAGUACUAGUGUGUCUAUUCUUGUAGCAAAACCCGGUGUUAUGGGCAUGGCAUAACAUCACUCAUUUUUUCGAUCAUGUUCUUUUUUGGGGCUCCUUUAGAGUAAAGAACAAAAUAUGGGCCUUGGUUGAUUACCCCCAAGUCUAUGAUGAUGAAGAAUGUUUUUUUUAAUUCAAAUAAAGAAUGCAUAGUGUAGUUAUAAAGUU